CCCUGGGGGUUUCUAUCCCCCAACAGCUAAGCUAUUGUCCUCCCCCAGCUGGGACACCCAGGGGACAACACCCAGGCUCUCCCAGCCACUGUUGUACUCAAUCUCGUGGGGGCUUCACCCACCUUCCUCACGUGCAGACCCUGCCUUGUCCCUGAUCCCAAAGCAUCGGGGAGCAAACCAGCCUGUUCAGAAUCCUGUGAUACUCAGCCAGCGCCCCAUGUGCUGGACACUGGGGAGGCCAGCUGGGCCCCCCCCCAUCCCUGACACUCCCCCAGGGGCGGGGCGGGGGUCAUGGGAGUGCCUGCGGGAUGUGUAUCCCCAGGUGCAGGCUACACAGAGCACAGGGGGCAUGGAGUGCGGGGGACACAAGGCAUGUUCAGGGGGCUCGGGGACAUGGCGGCACAGGACCCAUCGACACGCAUCAGCGUCCAGAGCCCCUGGGAAGCCCUGCCUGGAUCCUCCUGCUCUGCUGGGGCCUGGCUGCUUGCUGCACAGGUGCCAUGGCCUUGCAGCAGCCCAGCAUCACCACCCUGCGGAUGCCAGCAGAGUUUCCUCGCUCAGGUGAGAGUGUGACUGUGUCAUGUGAAGCACUGAGUGAGCUUCCAGAGAUGACGCUGCUCUACUGGCUGGAGAACGGCUUCUUCGUGGAGAGCCUGCACCCGGACGGGGCUGUGCGUGAGGGGACAGUGCAAGAGGAGCUGCAGGGCUCGGGGUGGGCCCUGCACCGUGACCUGCACUUCAGCUCCUUCAACAAGCAGCACCUGCACACCAACUUCACCUGCGUGGUGCUCAGUCCCCUCGGUGUUGACAUCAGGGAGGUGCGAUGGCCAUCCCAAGCACUGGCCCCUGUCACUGGGAAGAGUGGGGGCCUGGGCUGAGAUGGGGGAGCAGCUCCCAUGCUGGGUGAGCACCCUGCAGUGCAGUUCCCUGCUCUGACAGCCCACACUACUGCAUGCAUGUGUGAUACCCCCAGGGAGGCCCGUCUCUGUGACCUGCUUUGGGGACUGCGUGGCCCCACAUGUGCUGGCCCACUGUGAGUGGGGUUCCUGGUGCCCUGAGCUGAGUCAAGAGCGCUGCCUGGGCUGGAACCAGCUCUGCCCAUAGCUUUCUCUGGGACCCCAGAGUUUAUUAAAGUACAUCAAGGCUG